CGGACAAAUUCAAUCAUUCGGACUGAAAAGAGUUUUGCCACCCCUACUUGUCUAUGGUCGGACCAGACCCCUCUAGUAGAAGUUAAGUGAUCAUCACAAACGUUCAAUGAAUCUAUCAAAUUCAAAAAAUUGUGUGUAGUCUUCUACUGCAGUCAGUUUAUGGUUUUUUUUCUAGGUAGGUAAAUUGAGGAAGGCUCCUUCCCAGGCAAAAACCAAGAGAGUAGUAGAGUAUAAAGGUUUAGCCUUGAGAGCAGCCCAGUUACAUGCCUGGCCCAGUUAUGAAAAGCCCAAACAUAACUUACCAGACGAAAUCAGCAACUGGGUAGCUUUAGUUACACUUCGGUUUUUUCUAAAGAUACUCUAAUCUAACUUGAUCACCCCUUGUAAAAAUCAAUUGACGGGUAUCUUUAGAAAACAAAACCAGAGUGUGACUAAAGCUACCCAGCUAGAGGCUCUUUGAGUGUCCAUUUCAGGCCCAAACCUCAACUAGCCCAAAAUAGCCGAGCCCAACUAGUGUUUCACCAAUUCAGCCCCCGAACCUGCAAUUACCACUUUUGACAUUUCAAUUUCAAGCACUCCCCGCAUACUCACCUUUCUUCAACUUCCCCGAGCUUCCAUCUUUCAAAAGACAGGCCUCCCUAAGAUCUCCUGUAAUUUUCUCCAUCGCACAAAGUCUUUUCUAUUCUUGCUGAAGUUAUUGCCUAAAAGGAAUUGCUUCUUUGUAAUCAACAAAAUUAUAUAAAAAAAAUUUUCUGGUAUAUUUGGUUAUGUACUGUUUGCUGCCCAUAUAUGCUUGCCUUAGAAUAAAACCAUCUUGUUUGGCUAUGUAUAACAGCUGUUAUCACCAGAGCUACAAUGAGUUCUUGUUUUCAUCCUCUGGAUCAAUUCCCAAUCAAUGCCUUUGUCUUCUUCCUCUGUGUAACCUACUUCCUAUCAGAAUUCUUUCUUCUUCUCCUGUUUCAUUCAGUCCUUCAAUCUUUGUGAUACAUAUCUAUUACACAUCUCUAGCUUUUGUGAGCAACAAUGAAGAAAACACCAAGCAUUGUGUCAUUUCUGUUACUUUUGGUUCUGAACAUUUUUUCUCCAUCAGUUGCAGACCAAGUAUCUGAUUCUGUCCAAACAGACUUCAUUGUAUGUUUAUCAACCCAAACCAACAUCCCACAAGACCAACUCUCCAACAUUGUAUACGCUCCAACCAAUCCUAAUUACACUUCUGUUCUAGAUGCUUACAUCCGAAACGCACAAUUCAAAACAUCAUCGACUCUAAAACCCUUGAUCAUUAUAACACCACAAAGCGAAUCCCAUGUUCAGGCUACUGUAAUAUGCACCAAGAAAGUUGGGGUUCAACUUAAAAUCAGAAGUGGAGGGCAUGAUUUUGAGGGUUUAUCGUACAUUUCCGACACACCCUUUUUCAUACUUGACAUGUUCAACUUUCGGAACAUCACUGUUGAUGUCGAAAAUCAGUCGGCUUUUGUGCAGGUUGGGGCAACAGUAGGCGAACUAUAUUUCAGUAUAUGGGAGAAGAGUAAAGUCCACGGCUUUCCAGCCGGAGUCUGCCCAACGGUGGGAAUUGGUGGGCAUUUUAGUGGUGGUGGUUAUGGUACCUUGUUGAGGAAGUACGGGUUAUCAGUGGAUAACAUAUUUGAUGCACAAAUAGUUGAUGCUGACGGCAGAAUUCUGGACAGAAAAUCAAUGGGGGAGGAUCUGUUUUGGGCUCUCAGGGGAGGUGGUGGAGCAAGUUUCGGUGUUGUUCUUUCAUACUCAAUCAAUCUGGUUUCAGUCCCGGAAACUGUUACAGUUUUUCGAGUGGACAGAACAAUCGAAGAGGGUGCCACUGAUUUGGUCUAUCAAUGGCAGUUUGUGGCACCAUUGAUUGACAAAAAUUUGGUGAUGAACUUGCAUUUGCAUUCUACGACUUCGAAAACAAAUAAGGGUAAGAAGACAGUGAAAGCCUCAAUUACAGCCCUGUAUCUAGGAAAUGCAGACAGUCUUAUAACUCUGUUGGAUAAGAAGUUCCCUGAAUUGGCAUUGAAGAAGGAAAAUUGUACUGAGACUAAUUGGAUUGGUUCUGAGUUACAGUGGACAGGUCAUGCUAAGAGUAGUUCCCCUAAAGUUCUCAUCAACAGAAACCUUGAUUCUGCAAAUUUCUUGAAGAGAAAAUCAGAUUAUGUUCAAACACCGAUUUCAAAGCAGGACUUGGGGUGGAUCUGGGAGAGAAUGAUUGAACAGAAGAGUGUCGCGCUUUUGUUAAUUCCAUAUGGAGGAAGAAUGGAUGAAAUUCCAGCUUCAGAAACUCCAUUUCCGCACCGAAAAGGUAACUUGUUCAAGAUACAUUAUUCGGUGAAUUGGCACAAAGAGGGAGAUGAUCUUGAGAAGAUGUAUCUGGGGCAGAUAAGGCUGAUGUUCAGUUACAUGACUCCAUUUGUGUCGAAGAACCCGAGAAGCGCUUACUUGAACUAUAGGGAUAUUGACAUAGGAGUCAUGCCAGAAGGUGGAGAUGACUACAAAGCAGGGAGAGUUUAUGGAGAAAAGUAUUUUGGUGUCAACUUUGAUAGACUGGUGAAGGUGAAGACUGCUGUGGAUCCUGAGAACUUAUUUAGGAAUGAACAAAGCAUUCCAACUCUUCCAAGUAAGGUAUAGAAACAGAGUAUCUAAGAACACAGGAAUUCGGUUUUGCCAUACAAAUUAUGUUGUAUAUUCUUUACCCCCCUACUUGUUUGGGAGGCUAAUCGAAGGUAUAAAUCAAAUAAUCAUUAUCAGAAGUUCUAUUUUUAAUCAAUCUAUGUUCAACAUUACUUACCUGCAUUCAGAGCUUGAGUUGAUAAUCCAUGUCAUCUAAAAAUCCCAAGAGGUGCAGAAUUCGAUACAGAAAAGGAAAAGUAUCAUCGACUUCCUCAAAAUCCCAAUUUUGGACAGUGAUGCUAAGGGAAAUUGGGAUUCUAAAAAAAGCAGAAAAUUUACUGGUUUAAAUUUUCUUAACACGCAAUCACGAGCAGAGCCGCCCUUUUGCAGCUUCACUUGUUGAAAUCUGCCUGGUAUUUGCUCCUCACAAGACAAAGAAUUGCCGGCAUUGAGAAUUUGAAUGACGGGCAGAAAUUGCGCCGUUUCUGCCCCCGUAAACCGGAAAGCCUCUAACAUAUUAUUCGGCGAUGUACUAUUCCCCGAAUUUUUUAUGAAGAAAUCUC